GAGGGCUAGACAUCUGCCCGUCCCACCGUACGUGUAGAUGGUCCUAAAAGAUUAACUUGGAUUGAUUCAGUAACUGGCCCUGUGGGAAUUCCAGAGAGUCUGUAGGAGGAGGUUUUAGUCACAAACACUUCCAGAGUUGCCUUGAAACUGCCCGUUACACCACAGCUGACGUUGGAGAGUGGCUGUCUCUCUCUCUCUCCUACCUCACGGCUGAAGUCUGCAUUGAACGUUGGGGAGAUCUUUGCUAUGUUUGCAACAAGGCCCUUCCGUGUUUGGAGUCUUCUCCUUGGGCUGUGUGUUGUUAUGCCCGUCCGUUUGGCUCAGAGCAGAGAAAAGGAGUUGGUAGAGGACGUCACUUCAGGGCUUAGGAUGGAGCAAGUGAGGCAUGCCCCAGAUGAUCCUGGAGAUCAGUCCCUGAACCCAGACUACUGCGACUUCACAUUUCAUGUCCCUUGGUCUGGUAGUUUUUGCACACCUACGAUCCAGGCAUACUCCCCAGCUUCUCAGGAAGAGCUGGACCAUCUCAAGACCACAUUGGAGGACAUUGGCGGAGCCCUCAAGACCCUUCAGGGUGCUGCAACCCUGGAGGCAGGCAACUCCACGUAUCAGGACAUCAUUUCUGAAGCUCUUCCGGAUGUACGAGAAGCCAACAUGGCGUUCCAUGAAACCCUUGCAAAGUUCUUGCAAGAGCUGGAGGACCACAUCCAAGCAGAUGAUCAUCCACACUUGGAGAAUGAGAAAAAGAAGUUAACGGAACACUUGCGGAUGAUGGAUCAUAUGAUUCAGGUCACCGGCCACUUGGCUGAGCAGCUGGACCAAGAGUCCCAAAACCUCCUGGAGACGCUGACCAGACCUUUGGAGAAACCCCCUGCUCUGGUGUACGGAAGGGCUCUGCAGCCCUCUUAGUUGUGUGCUCUGUUAGACGGCAAAGAAAGGCAUGUGUUUUAAAUUUGUAUAUUUGUUUUUAAUGUUUUUAGUUACUGUAAACCGCCCGGAGAGCUUUGGC